AUUGCAGGGAAGGAGGUUGGAGAAUUCUGGAUCACAUAGCUUGGGUUUGUAGCAUCUCUGCAUUGUAGCUGCUUUUGUCUUGUAAAUUGACUAAAAUGACAUGAAAUAAUAGCAGACCUGACAAAAGGGGAGAAAAGGGAUGCGAGUUGGAUUUCUGGGACCUUGUGUGAUCACCGUAGGAAUACAGAGGUGAAAAUAUUUACAUUUCUAGCCCUGCAGCAGCUUUCCUGUUCCUGCUGAGGGACGAAGGAGGAGGGUCUAAGGAGACGAUUUCUCUGCGUUUUCCCAUUGUCUGCUUGGAAAAUCUUGGAAGGACAUCAGCUCCAGCCACAUUUCUCCAUGAAUAGAUUAUCAAGAGUCCAGCAAACAUCACAAUGACCAAAGCUUGGAGGAAGAUUAAAGUCCAUCAGGGUUGACCUCAAACCACGCUCGUCCUACAACGGCACCCUGCAAGAGCCAUGACUCUAACAACAGCCAAACCUGAUCUGUUCACCUCACCCCAAACACUGACCCCAUUCCCAACUCUCAGCACUACCCUACCCAUCACCACCUCGAUUCCCAUUCUCACGAGGUCUGUGGAAACCACAACCGGACCUGAUAACGUCACAUCCAGAACUACGUACCGUUCAAUUACGUCAUCCACCAAUGAGACGGGCCUCAACUCCACACAGCUGCCAAUGGGAUCCGUAGAAGGUGCUGGGAUGGGGAUGGUACUCGUACCCUUCGGUAUCAUCACGGUUAUUGGGCUGGCCGUCGUUGUGCUUUUGUACAUCAGGAAAAAGAAACGGUUAGAAAAACUGAGACAUCAGCUGAUGCCCAUGUAUAACUUUGAUCCAGCUGAAGAACAGGAUGAUCUUGAACAAGAGCUUUUGGAUCACGGGCGAGACGGAAGCCUGGCUGGACCAAACUCAAAAUUCUGACAUAAGGCCUUGCCGUUUGUUAUUUGUGACUCUGACCACAAGUCAAGGGACGACUCAGAAACCCAGUCGACUCGUCUUUACGGACGUGGCUGAUGCCAUCAACGCAUGACAAGACUUGGGGGUGAAAUUUUUUGGGGAUCAUAAAUAAUAUUCGAAUUGACAUUUAAAAG